CUCCGCCCCGCGUCCGGCAGAAGCGCCUCCUCUCCCGCCGUGGCGAGAGGCAUCGACGUCAUCCAAGGAGCAAGUGAAAUAGUGCUGCGUCAUGCUGGGCGUCGCGGUGUUCCUGACGGCGAUCCUGGCGGUGGCCGGGGAGGACGUCGAUCCUACUGACGCUGUCGAUCCCGUCGACGCCUUGGAUCCUUCCAGCCUCGUCGGUCAGCUGAAUGUGUCCCUGUUUGAGAAGCUGAUGUUAAGGACUCUGCCUCAAGCAAUGAUCCCUCUGCACCACAACUGCACCGACUACAGCGAGACGGGCGACUGCGACCUGGUGGUGGAGAACAACCUGUGCGGCGCCGAGAAGUUCUACGCGCGCUACUGCUGCCGCUCCUGCACCUUGGCCAAGCAGAUCCCCACCUACGGGCCUCAUCUCAGCCUCACCGCGAAAAUUCCUGUAACUGCCAAUAUCAGCACCGACAAGAGGGAAUUACGUUACGGCGAGAACGUCACCGUCACCUGCGAGGUCUCUGGGUCUCCGGUGCCUGAAGUGCUGUGGUUUUUGGACAAUAAGUACUUCGACGUCAGUGGACUUCCGAAUGCAACUGUUGAAGACCUGGGAGGAAUCCUGACGAAAACGAGACGAGAAACCAUCACACUUCCGACCAACAUGUUUAAUAAUGAUUUCCUCUGCACCUGUAUAGCCGUGAGCACUGAGGGACGGGGCGAGAGCCGCCUGACAAUUUAUGUCGAAAAGGAUAUAGGCCUAUCAUCUGAAAUUUUACCGGGAGAGAGAUUAUUCACUCUCACGGAUGAUAUAACUUUGGAGUGUACUGCUAAGGGAGUCAGUCUGAAGGAAAUCGGUUGGACAAUGAAUGACGAGAUCCUCGAGAACUCCGACAGCUAUAACAUCACUGAGGAAAGGAUUGUGGAGGACGGAGAGACAAGGAUUCACUCCAACAUCACUUUCCUGCGACCAAAAGUUAUGAACAACUAUGUACAGUGUUUCGCGAGCACUCCCGCUGGGGAUUUCAGGAAUACUUCAAGACGCGUAAUAGUGAUGGAAACGGUGACGAAGUCCUCAAUGUCCUGUCACGUCAGCUCUACCCUUCGCAUUAUGGGAAUUGCAAAGCGCGACUUGGGCAAGUACACGUGCAAAGCGGUCAACGAUAUCACGGAGUCAGAAUCAAGUGCGAUGUUGGAGAUAACACGCGACGGAUACAUUGAGUUGUACCGACAUUCUGACUAAAAGCUGCAGCUGAAAGAGCUGUUUUUACAGUACGUUCUACGUUGUUAAUUCUUGCGGUAAUGGACAUCAUUCCAUAAUUAAA